UGAUUCGGUUUCAGUUGCCAGAAGCAUCCCCAAGUGGUCGGUUUAGAUUGUCUGGCUUUGUACUUCGUUUUCGUUCUCGUUCUGUUGUAAACGGACCGCAAAUAAUACGAUCACACAUUUUUAAACCAUGAUUUAUUUAAAAUCUAUUACUAAGCUGUACCUACAUGUUUGGUGGACAUACAAAUAAUUUUUUUAUCUCAAAUUGAAUAAAGAAUUUAUAUAUUUACUGUGAAAAACAAAUCGGAUUCGGAUAUGUGGCUUACAUUAAGACAGAUCAUUAUGAUUGUUGUUCUCUUCAACGUCUCAAGAGCAAAUUGGUGGUACUUGGGACUGCAAAAUUACCCGCCAAGAGAGUUUAACCCAUUGCUUAGUCAUAAAGAAAAUUGUUACCGAUAUCCAUUUUUGAGAAGUAGACAACAACAAUUGUGUGACCUUGGAGAAAAAAUUAUGAGUGUUGUGAGCAGUGGAACAAAAAUGGCCAUUGAGGAAUGCCAACAUCAGUUUAGCACUCAGAGGUGGAAUUGUACCACAUAUUCAAAUAACACGUCCGUGUUUGGAAACGUAUUGUCAUAUAAGAGUAGAGAAAAAGCAUACGUGAAUGCUAUUACAUCGGCAGGAGUAGCAUAUGCGAUCACAAAAGCAUGCUCAAGAGGUGAACUGAACGAAUGUAGUUGUGACAAUAAAAUGCAAAGAAAACAAACUAAAAAGAAUUGGCAAUGGGGAGGAUGUUCAGAGGAUAUACGUUUCGGUGAAAAGUUUAGUCGUGAUUUUGUCGAUUCCAUAGAAGAUAUUGAUAGCGUUCAAGGGCUAAUGAACGUACACAAUAAUGAAGCUGGUCGAAGGAUUAUUCGCUCUAGUAUGCAAAAAGUAUGCAAAUGUCAUGGUAUGUCAGGUUCAUGUAGUGUACGCAUUUGUUGGAUGAAACUUUCAUCGUUUCGGGAUAUUGGAGAUUCAUUAAUGGUUCGAUAUGAAGGUGCUUCACAUGUACGACUUGGUGAAAAGAAAAGAAAGAAAAUCAAAAAACUACGACCAAUCAGGAUGGACAGAAAAACACCCAAUAAAACGGAACUCGUAUACUUAGAUACAUCUCCGGACUAUUGUGAACGUAAUGAAUCAUUGAGCAUAAUGGGUACCUAUGAUCGUGUAUGUCAAGGAUUAGAUGGCUGCAGACAUCUAUGUUGCCACAGAGGAUUUCAAAUUAGAUUAAGGGACGUAGAGGAGAAGUGUAAAUGUAAAUUCAUUUGGUGUUGUAAUGUUGCUUGCGAAAUUUGUAGGUAUAAAAAGGAAGAGUAUAUUUGCAAUUAAUCACAUUUUGUAUAAUAUUGAGAGUUCACAAAUAACUCUAAAAACUAUGAUAUUUAUUAUUUUGUUUGUCCAUAUAAAAUAUACAAUUUAAACGAAUAACGUAUUCUAGUAUUCUCAUCACAAAUAACUUUGUAUAAUUUUCUUUAAAACUGAUCGAACUUAAGAGAUUUACUUGUUUUGAGAUUGAAGGAGCAAAAUAAAAAAUGUCACUACCGACUUCUUCGAGUCUCAGGACAAUUUAGAACCUUUAUUAACGUUUUCUUAAAAUACAAAUUACUAUUAUAUUAUAAGUAUAGUCAGUAGACAUUAGGUUUAAUAGUUACCUACCUAUUAAGAAAAUGACUGAUAUGUAUGAUAGUGAUGAGAAUUCUAGGACUCAUCGAUUAACGAUUAUAGAUAACUUGAUAAUGUUUCAAAAUGUAACAUUUAUUUGCCAAAUAAUUUAAAUUUCCUUAAAUAUGUUCACUGUCCAAUAUGGCACAAAUAUGGCGUUGAGAUAUUUUGUAUUAUGAUAAGAAUAUUUAUUUUUAAUUUAUAUUAUAAUAUUGAGUGCGCACGUUUACUUCCCACUUCUGUCCUAUAGUUUUCUGUUAUAAUUUAUUCAAUAUUGUAUUUAGAGUCAUAUUAAUUAUUAAUACGCACACGUGUAUUUAUUAGUUGUUUUCUAGAGUUUACUUUUUUUUAUCAUAGUAUAUCAGUUAAGUUUUUUUUUUUAUAUAAGAAAAAUAAAUAAUCUAUUUUAUUAUUUUAUAAUUUUAAAAUUAAUAUAAUAUUAAUAUUUUGUCAUAAUUAAAAAAUCUAAAAAGUACAUUUUAUUCAUGAGUUAAUUGUAAUAUAGAAUUUUAAUUUUUAACGAUGACAUGACAUUUUAUGUAAGACAUGUAGUAAUAAAUUAGUUUGAGACA